AUGCCAAGAUGGGAAGCGCCGAAAGUGGACAGCCCCCCCAAGACCAACAAUCCUUUUCCGCGCAGGGUCAAGCGUGAAGGCGCCCCCCUUGCUGGAGCAGCGUCCAAGUCACCUAAGGCCCCGCGAGUGGAACAGGAAACCAAAGAAGAAGAAGUGGAUGAUGAGACUUGCGCAGGGGUGAAGCAGGAGGAAUGCCCUGAGGAUGGCGGGGACGGCCAACAGUCUGAAGUGCCAUUGAAGGGCAUCAACACACUGGACGUGGAUUCAAUUUUGACCAGCUUGCGAUCUGGGCAAAUCUCUGGAAUGGCCGAAAUCAUGCGCCCACAGAUAGGUUGUGAUCUUUUCCAGCUGCCGCCGAUGGUCGCCGUCAACAUCUUCCAUGGCCUCUAUUUCGCAAUGAGCUUCGAGGAUUGUGGCUUCUACUUUGCAGAGAUCUGCCGUCGAGGUUGGUUUGUUGCCACGCUCUUCUCUCCGAACUUCAACAACCGCUCAUUCCGCGGUGACUGGCGUCACACCGUUCUUGAAGCACAGUGCUCAGCCUGUGAAGCUUUCAGGUCAGAUCGUGAGGUCAUGGAGAUUUCCCAUUGCCUCCCACCCGCAGUCGAAAAAAUCAGGAAACGGUUCAGACUGGACAAACGCCACAGGAAAGCCUUGCGUGAGAGAGGUUUGGAACCAUCUCUGGUGCAACGUGAAAUUGUUGCGGCUGUCUACAUGGGCUUCCAGGACAUCGGCUGCAGGACCGCGCUAUGGGAUGGGCUUGCGUGA